UGCAAGGGUUUAUAAGAUACUACGGCUACAAUCCACCAUACAUGUAAACGACGUUACGGUCCUUCAGAGUCGGCAUCAUAAAGAAGUGACAGUCUCCAACAGAAAAAAAAAUCCCCCGCAUGUGUUGCCUUGUGCUAUUGGCGAGGCGAACUUUCAUCACCUACUACGCUAUUGGACUUAUUGCAAAAAGAAUCUCCAUCCGAUAUACACGCGUACAGUCACCUGGAGCUUAUCUCAGAAUAAAAAUGAUGCAACGAAUGUACAAGCUUGCCCUUAUUCUGGCUUUGCUAAGUAUCGUGUCCACAUAUCGUCUGGUUCCUCGAAACAACGGCAUCGAAGUACCCUGCUCCAGAUGUGACAUUGACAAGCUGCAUCCAUUCACAAUCAAGACCCUGGCCCCUGUUUGUGGGCCGUGUGGGGAUCUCUACGGGACCGGUAUGGAAUACUGUUGCAUGUGCCACAAGGUGUUCUUUGAUAAAUGCAUCAACGCCGCGGGGAAAUAAAGAACAGAAACCAUGGCAACGUCCUGCGUUCUCUACUGUUUAUUAACGAUCAUAUUACCUUUAUUUCUGUUUUUGUUUUAUAUUUGGAUAGAUGAACAGGUUAAUUAAAUCGAGAUCAAGAGCAAAAUUUUGGUUUAUGAAUGUAUUUAUACUAAUAUUCGGUGUAAUGCCGCGUAAUGAACCCAAUCAAAAUAAAACCAUCGUA